GAAGGCAUUGUCAAGUAAGAGAAAGUGUUACUCCACCGUCCUCUCUCUCUAACGAAAGAACACCCUUCCUGCUCUUCCGCCCGGGUUUUCUUAACUACCGCUUGCGCUUCCGCCCGUGUUUGUUUCCCGCUCUGCCAUGGGUCCCUCUAGUCUCGUCACUCGGCCUUUCAGUUCCUCCUCUCGGCUGAUUCCCUAGCUUGGCUGCCAUGCCCGGUUCUUCGGUGUCACGGCGCGGCGCCGCCGCUGCCGCCGCUGCUUCACCACCUCAAGUCUCGGUCUUCCCUUCCCCGCAGGAGCUCGGCUCGGCGCUGGCCCAACUGGUGGCCCAGCGGGAGGCUCAGUCGGGGACAGGCGGUUGCUUUUCCCUGGGCCUGUCGGGUGGGAGCUUGGUGCGGAUCUUGGCCCAGGAGCUGCCUGCUGCUGCCUCCGCCUCCCCUGACCGGUGGCUCCUGGCUUUUGUGGACGAGCGCCGGGUCCCUCUGGAUGACCCCGAGAGCAACUACGGUGCUUACAAGACGAAUCUCCUCUCUAAAAUUGCAAUACCUGAGGACCAGAUUGUUGUCAUCAACCCAUCACUACCAGUAGAAGAGGCAGCUGCAGAUUAUGCGUCAAAGCUGAAAGAGGCCUUUCAAGGAGAGGAUAUGCCUGUGUUUGACCUCUUGAUCUUGGGAGUAGGACCAGAUGGACACACUUGCUCUCUCUUUCCAGACCACCCCGCUUUACAGGAGCGAGAGAAGAUAGUGGCUGCUAUUAGUGAUUCUCCAAAGCCGCCCCCAGAGCGGAUUACGAUGACCCUCCCUGUGCUGAACGCAGCCAGGAGUGUGGUGUUUGUCGCCACUGGGGACAGCAAAGCUGCUGUCAUAAAGCGUAUUUUGGAAGGAGAUGAGGAAAACCCACUGCCGGCUGCCCUGGUCCAGCCUCAUACUGGGAAGCUGUAUUGGUUUUUGGAUGAACCAGCUGCUAAGGAGUUAACUAUUCCCUUUGAGAAGCACUCCAUCUUGUAGAAGCUCAUGCCCUGUAACCUUUCAGGUUGGGGAAGGGGGAAAGUCCACCAAGUGCGGGUUGAUCCCGGCCCAUUAACAUUCCAGGUCACGGUCUCCACGUCUGGUCGUAGCGCUCAGGAGCGGCACUAAACUAACACUGUCUUUCUUUUUUUCUCUUUUUUCUUUUAAGAAGUGGUAUGUUUGUGGAGCACUGUGUAACAAAUAUGAUAAUGUCUUUAGCCAGGACAAAGUGUGAAAUGGGAACAUUUAGGUCCAGCUACUAGUCGUAAAGGGGAUUGCAAGGAACGGCGUUACAGUCUUUAUCAUGUGAACGGUCUAAUGUGGUGUAAAGUGAAUGCACAAUUAAAGAUGUAAAUUACAGCCAUUCAGCGCUGGCAAAACCC